AUUUUUAUCAGCCAUUGAUGGAAGAAUAUUCUAACAUUUCAAUUUGUCUAGUGAGUUAAACUCUUAGCUGGAAAAGAAAAUAUCAGAAAAAGUCAUUUUGUCGGGGAUAGUACCAAGUUCGCAGUGUUGCAAAUGCAUCACGAGCGAUGUUUUUCAUCAUGCAUAGAUGGGUGAUUCAUUUCUGGGGUCUGGACAAUGCAUUUUCGGGUGUUAUCUCCAGCCAGCAAAGCAGGGAAUAGGAAUUCUCUUAAGUGGGUGCUUGGAAUGGGAAGCUUCUUGUGAGGUCUAUUCACCUCUCUUUCUCUCUCUCAGCAUCUGCAUUGCAGAAAAGCAGUGCAAAGGGAUAAUGUGAAUCUUUAAUUGCAAUUAUUAAAUCACUAAAAGCAGAGCACAGAGGGAGGCCCAUUAGGUAGUGGGAUUCUCAUUCGCCAUUCCACCACCCAAUUUGAUCAUAGAGAAUUAGCUUUGCUUAUUCUCUGUUCCAUUGGCAAAUUGGCCCUCCCCUCAAUUCCUCCCCAGUCCUCCUCCUCCUUUUCUUUUACCUUUGCCCUCGUGUGCUUUGCGGGUCCCUCCCCCUCGCACUAAAUCACAUGAUUUUUAUUUUCAUCAUGGUGAUUAUAAUAUGCACCAUGUUCUCCUUCAUCUCCCCACUCUGCUACCUUAUCUUGACACAUGCUGGGUUACUAAAGUCAUGGGUGCAUCAGAAUUAUCGAAAGGAGGCAAGAAGUUGCUAGCUGAAAUUCUGGAAGCUAAAGGCCAUCAUAUGUGGGGAACUUUUCUGCAUCAUCAUGCUUAUUUAAAGCAAAUCAUUUUCUCUUUUAUAGUCCUCAUCUUGUUAAGCGACAGCCAUUCAACCAAUGGACCUGACAUUGAAGGUGAUGCUCUCAUCGAAGUCCUUGAUAGCCUCAAUGAUACUAAUCACGUCAUAACUGAUUGGGAUCACGGCUUUGUGAGCCCAUGCUUCAGUUGGUCCCAUGUCAGCUGUCCGUAUGGACAUGUCAAUAUGCUGAGCCUCGACUCAAUUGGAUUUUCUGGAACUCUCUCUCCUAAAAUUACCCAGCUAAAGUAUUUGGUCAACUUGGCGUUACAGAACAAUAACUUGUCUGGUGCGCUACCUGAUUUCCUGGGUAACAUGGUGCACCUGCAGAAUCUAAAUCUGGCAAAUAACAAGUUCAAUGGAACUAUACCUGCCUCUUGGGGUCAACUUUCCAAUCUAAAGCAUUUGGAUCUUUCGUCCAAUAACUUGACAGGAAAGAUCCCCAUGCAACUCUUCUCGGUUCCAACAUACAAUUUCUCCGGAACAAAUCUCAUUUGUGGCUCUCGCUUGGGUCGACCUUGUGUAAAGUCAGCACUUCCAGAACAAUUGGCAGCUUCAACUGGCAAGUCAAAACUUGGAGUUGCUGUAGCUUCUGCCGGUGGUGGUGCAUUCGUACUUUUGUGUCUGGGGGCUAUCUAUGCAUACUGGUGCCAUGAAAUGCACAAGUCCAAACAUGACCGGUUUGUGGAUGUAGCAGGUGAAGAUGACCGAAAAAUUUCUUUUGCUCAAGUGAGGAGAUUUUCUUGGCGUGAAAUUGAACUUGCUACCGAUAAUUUCAGUGAAAACAACAUAAUUGGACAAGGAGGCUUUGGCAAAGUUUACAGAGGUGUUCUCUCAGACAAUACAAAGGUUGCUGUUAAAAGACUUUCCGAUCAUAACAGUCCUGGUGGAGAGACUGCAUUCGUGAGGGAAGUCGAGCUUAUAAGCGUUGCAGUUCACCGUAACCUUCUUCGUUUGAUUGGUUUCUGUACGACCUUCUCGGAGAGGAUACUUGUUUAUCCCUACAUGAAAAAUCUUAGCGUUGCAUACCACCUGAGAGAUUUAAAACCAGGAGAAAAAGCACUGGCCUGGCCAACGAGGAAGCGCAUAGCUUUUGGAGCAGCUCAUGGUCUGGAGUAUCUUCAUGAACAUUGUAAUCCUAAAAUUAUACAUCGCGAUCUAAAAGCUGCCAAUAUCCUCUUGGAUGAUGAUUUCGAAGCGGUUCUUGGUGAUUUUGGGCUGGCUAAGCUGGUCGAGACAAAUGUGACUCAUGUGACUACACUAAUAAGAGGUACAAUGGGUCACAUUGCUCCAGAGUACUUGUCCACUGGAAAGUCAUCAGAGAAGACGGAUGUUUUUGGCUAUGGUAUAACACUUCUUGAACUCGUAACUGGUCAACGUGCGAUCGACUUUUCUCGGCUCGAGGAGGAGGAGGAUGUUCUUUUGCUUGAUCACGCAUGGCAUGUUGAAUUCUGGAAGGGAUCGCAUCAAAUAUAUUUUUUAAGAACUCGAAGGCAGAAAUAUCAAGACAAGUUUUGAAGUGGAUUAAAGAUCAAAAGAACUGGAUUAGCUAAAAUUUUGCAACCUGUGUCGUACCCUAUGCAAGAGUUACUGCAUAGGGAAAUUAUCACUAGGUCGCUUAAUUGAGUCCCAUGGAGCUGUUCCUGGCUGAAUUUCCACGGUUUGAACUAGUGAAUUGAUAGAUUUUCUGCACAUUUCUUCGUGAGAAUUGAGAACCAGUGUGCUGCAUGAAGAUAAGUGGAAAUUAGACCUAUAUGUAUUUUAGUUGUUUCCUAUCCUUCUACAACCAGAAUGAUCUCAAA